AUGGACGAAGACGCAAGAAAGAAAUAUUGUCAUCUUUUGAUGUUUGAUGUUGUUGAAGAAGAAGAUCAGAGAAAAAAGAAUUCAUCAUCUUUUGAUUUGCCAAUUGAAAAUUCUUUUUUGAUUUAUAAUAAUAAUCAUCAUCAUCAUGCAAAUGAUGGUGAAAAUAUUCAACAAAUUAACAUUAAUUCGUCAUCAUUGUCACCAACAAAAUUAUUAAAAUCAAAACGUAAAAAACGAUCAAAUAAACCAAAAAGAACUCCACGUCCACCAAAUGCCUUUAUACUUUAUCGCAGAGAAAAGCAAUCCGAAGUGACUGCGAAAAAUGACAAAUUAACUAAUGCCGAUGUCUCAAAAGUUAUUUCAAAAAUAUGA